AUGACAGCUCAACCAAUGCAACAAGAUCUCUCAAACGUUGCUGAAAAGGCAAUCAAAGAGAACAGAGAGUUAGCAAAAAAAUCACUUAUCGAUGCAAUUGAUCAAUUAUUGAUUGCUGAGAAACAAACAAGACAAGCAGAAGAUGUUCCAUCAACCAGUAAAAUAGCUGCUGAAAUCAUCAAGCUUUGUUAUGAACAAAAGAGAUUCGAUCUAAUCAAUGAAAAGCUUAUUUUAUUAUCAAAGAGAAGAGGUCAAUUCAGACCAACCAUUAAAGCUAUUGUUCAAGAAGCAAUGACCUAUGUAGAUAUUACAUCUGAUAUGAAAAUUAAAUUAGAAUUGAUUGAUACUUUAAGAGUCAUCACUGAUGGAAAGAUCUUUGUUGAAAAUGAAAGAGCAAGAUUAACUCGUACAUUAUCAAAGAUCAAGGAAGAUGAAGGAGAUAUAUCAGAGGCAGCCAAGAUUUUACAAGAUUUACAGGUUGAAACCUAUGGAUCGAUGGAGAAGCGUGAAAAGAUGCAAUUCUUUAUCGAACAAAUGAGAUUGUGUAUGAACAACAAGGACUUUAUUCGUGCCCAACUCAUUGCCAACAAGGUCAACAGAAAGACAUUGGCCGAAGAAGAGAACCACGACCUCAAGGUUGAAUUCUACAAACAAAUGAUCCGUUACUAUUCAAAUGAAGCAAACUAUUUGGAAAUUACCCGUUGUUAUCUCCAAAUCUACGAUACCCCAUUCAUCCAAAAGGAUCAAACCCAAUUAAACGAGGUCUUGAAAUUGGCUUCUCUCAAUGUUGUCCUCGCUCCAAUGGACAAUGAACAAACCGAUUUAUUAAAUAGAAUUUAUGAUUACAAACCAUUAAAUAAUUUACCAGUUUAUAAGGAAUUAUUAAAUCAAUUCAAGACAUCUGAAUUGGUUGGAUGGACCAAUUUAGUUAAAAACUAUGAAACUGAAUUAAAUACUCAAUCCAUUUUCAAGGGUGACAAGAAUUGUUGGAAUGAUUUAAAAAAGAGAGUUGUUGAACAUAAUCUUAAAGUUAUUUCAACUUAUUACAAGAGAAUUUCAACCAAGAGAUUAUCACAAUUAUUAGACUUGUCAGACGAUGAAUCCGAACGUUUCAUCUCUGAUCUCGUAUCCAACAAGACUAUUUUUGCCAGAAUCGAUAGACCCGCUGGUCUUGUCAACUUUAUCACUCCAAAGGACUCUGCUACUGUCCUCAAUGGUUGGGCUCAAGAUAUUUCAUCUCUAUUGGAUUUGGUUGAAAAGACUAAUCAUUUAAUUCAAAGAGAAUUUAUGAUUCAUAAGUGGAAAUUAACAUCGACAUCAUCAACGUACGACGUCACCAUACAAUUAGUCCCAACAUGUAUUUUAAUUAUUAUAAUACUCGAUUAUGGAUACUCUCCAUUGGUAUUUGCAUUCUAUGACAAUAAUAUUAAACCAAUUGAACUUUUACAAUUAAUGUCUAUUGGUAAUUAUAAUCCAUAUAAAGUGUACGGAAUUGAAACACUUGUUGGUGAUACAGAUAAAAUGAAAUUAAUCUUGGACACUCAAACUAAAACUACGGCUGUUGUAUCGACAGAGUGUAAAGAUGGAUGUCUGCCUAUCGAGCCAAGAUAUUCACCAUCUUCUACAUCCCUCAUCGAAAAACAAAUGCAAAGUGGUGCAUAUACAGAUUUAACAAAUUAUCUUGGAAAUGAAAUUACAGAUCAAUUUUCCUUUGCGAAUGGUACAACAACUAAAAUAUUUACAAGAUUUGUAUCAAUUAUAUCUCAAUCUAAACCAUGGUCUAUUGAAUAUGGUGAAGCAUCAAGUAUUAAAGCUCAAGGAGUUUUGGGAUUAGGAUAUGGAUUAGGAGCAACUACUUUUAUGGCACAAUUUGCAAAACAAACAAAUGGAUCUGAAGUAUUUGCUUUAAGUUAUUGUCCUGGUAAUCCUAGAAUUUGGAUUGGUGGUAUUGAUACUACUGUUUUAACUGAUCCAUUAACUAUAACAAAUUUAGAUGGAGGAACAUAUGGAUUUAAAAUUGAUAAUGUUUAUCUUGGAGAUAGAACAUUAUGGCAAGUUUCUGAUUUUGUUUAUCGUGCAAUUGUCGAUGCUAAAUUGCCAUAUACACUAUUGCCAUCAUCGAUAUUUCAUCAGACACUGCAAUUCUUGUCAAAGGUGAAGCCGUUUGCAAGCAAGAUGUCGACACGUUUCUUUUUGGAGAAAAAAUGUAUUCUUAGCCCAUUUGGUAAGAUGUCCAACAAGGAGAUCAACGAACAAAUCCCACCUCUCAGAAUACUGUUUAAUAAAGAGAGAAACCCAAGCGAGCUAGUGUUGGAUGCUGUGCCAAGUUUGUUUGUACUGGUUGACGAUAUGGUGUGUCCGGGUAUCGUCGAAACACUCGACUAUGUCAUCUCGCUCGGUGGAAACGUCCUCGAACAGUAUCUGGUGCUCUUUGACCAGGAGAAUAGUAGACUUGGAUUUGGACGUAUGGACACAUGCGACGCUAAGCGUUGGUUGGUUGGUAAUUGGAGUAAAUGCUCGUUGGACAAGCAGUCGGGCUGCGCCAUCCAGUCGAGACGUGUCAUAUGUGCGUUUGGACGAAGCAAAGUGCUCCCAGAAUCAGACUGCGCCGACACGGUCCGUCCCCCAUCCUACCGAAACUGCGGUGAAAAGCCAACCCCCAAACCAACGGCACCCAAGCCAAGAAACGCACCUCCUGUCGAGAUUGAGUACUUGGACAAGGAAUGCGUACUCCGAAACGCAACGUCGCAGUGGAAGAUUGUGGGCGACUGGAACGACUGCACGCAGAUCUGUGGGUCAGGCACACAAAAGAGAAACGUGUAUUGUAUCGACCCGUACGGUGCAGUUGAGGAUGACACCGGCAAGUGUCUGGAGCGAAUGCCCGCCGACCAGAGACUGUGUGCCGUUCGAAAAUGUCCGUCAGAGUUUCAUUGGGAGGUGUCUCCUUGGUCGGGAUGUUCAGAGCAGUGUGGAGAGAAUGGAUUCCAGAAUCGCCAGAGUACAUGUAUCGACGCUGCCACUUGGCGGUCUGUAGACACUGACCGAUGCAUCUCACCGCCACCAGAAGUCCAAAAAAAGUGUCGUGGACAGCCCAUGUGCACACUCUUUAAAUGGGACUUUGAGCCUUGUGAGCCUAUCUGCUCAUCAGACGAUCCUGACCGACUCGCCUACAUCUACUGCUUCAACACGACAAGCAACAAACAAGUUGACCAGAGAAACUGUAACGGUAUCAACAACCUCCGUCUACCCAAAGAAUGUGGAUGCAAGAGACACCGCAAAGUAACCGUUAUCGACGGGUCCGUAAUUGUCGAAGAAGUAGUCGAAUCUGAUUCAUCUCCAGCCACCUCUAUCCACUAUCCCAUCUUAUCCCAUUAUUAUUACAACAACACCAUCAUUAGCAUUGUAUCAAUUAUAUUUAUUUUCUUUAAACUAUUAUUAUUUUGA